CAGCCCAGCCGGCAAGUGGGCGUGGCUUGAGGUACGGCGGGCGAAGUCCGGGAUGGGGACUCCGGAGGGCCGCGGGUCGGAGCCCCAGGCUCAGGGCGGGCCCUUCUUCACCUUGGCCGAAGUGGCGAAGCGGAACACCAGCAAGGAGACCUGGCUGGUCAUCCACGGCCGCGUCUACGACGUCACCCGCUUCCUCGACGAGCAUCCCGGCGGAGAGGAGGUUUUGCUUGAACAAGCUGGCCGAGAUGCUACCGAAAGCUUUGACGAUGUUGGGCACUCCAUGGAUGCCAAGGAGAUGCUCAAGCAGUACCUCAUAGGAGAGGUUCACCCGUCUGACCAGAAGCCGGACCCCUCCAAGUUUCUGGACUGUCUGGUUGAUACCCGUUGUUGGAGCACUGGUCCUGGGCUUAAUGUAUCGCUUCUACAUGAUGGACGGGAAGUCCUCCUGAUUGUGAACAGAACCAGUAGAACUGGAAAGCCACGCCAUGCUGUUGGGAGUUGUGGGGGUUUGCGGAAAUACUGGCAAAGCUCACUUUCAUCCAUCAGCCUGGCCAAGAAGGGCUCUGGAGGACCCACCAUGACUUUUCUUGUAACUAGAUAUAAACCAUAACUUCCCUCCAUUCCAGGGCAUGUCUUUGUUGGCUGUGAGUUGUUUCUCAUGUGGCAGCCUCAGGGUUUGUGGCAGCGGGUGCUUCUGGCCUCUGCCAGUCUGUCUAAGUCCCAGCAGAAGGGGUUAAUCAGAAUUCCUUCUCUCUAGAGAAAAGGGGCUCUGCUAACAGCACAGCCUGACCACAGAGUCAGGAACAGCAACAACACAGCUAUCUCUGGUGGUAUUUCCUCCUCAGCUGUCUCUUUCUGUUUGCCGUUUUAGAAAUAGUUAAAGAGAUGUUCUCACUAGUCCUUUAAUUUACAUAGUCCUGAUUGACUGUAUGCCUUUUUAAUCGGCCUGUUCUGUAAUAAAGGAGGCUUCAAUUACUCUGAA